AUGGCGGUGGCAAAGGAUAUCAUCACCAAUGUGCUGAGAACCAGCCUACUGCGCUUCAUUAAAGAUGCCAGCGGAGAUCAGUUGCACUUGCGGCACUUGCUCUCUGGCACCGUGGAACUGGGUCCAGACGUGGCCCUGGCGGAACAGGCCAUACAGCAGGUGUUGCUGGACAUCGGCUUCCCCGCCUCCAUCGAAGUACUUUCGGCCCAUGCGGAUUCCAUCCGGGUCCAUAUCCCCUGGGCAAAGCUCCUAGGGCAAUCCACCAGACUGGUCAUGGGCGAGUUGACGGUUCAGGUUCGGAUUCACAACGUCGAAAGCAUGGCACAGGUGCUCGAGGGAAAGGCAACGAAUCCACCAAAGGUGGAACAUGCCUUCCUCUCGCGUCAGCGCGAACGACUGGAGGCCAUGGUACAGAAGCGGUGUAGCAAACCACCUGAAGGAGUGGUCCGACGCCUUACGUUGUUGGAGACGGUGAUUCAAGGCCUGCGCGCGCAUGUGAACAAGAUGCGGCUGGAGAUUUUUCGCACCUCGGACAUUCGAUUUGUGAGCCGCGGCACUGGCGUAAUGAAUGGCUAUGAAGCUUCCCCCAGCAGCAUGCCAUUCUUGACGAUGGAACUGCAGGGCUUCACCGUCUCGCCUUGCACGAAUGCCAAGCGCCCCACUUUGGAACUGGCUGAAGCACGGGCAGUGAUCGAUAUGGCAGGCUCGUUAGUCGAUCCUUUGACCCCCUACGCCUUCCGGCGCCUCUUCCGCAUGGAUUCCGCCGAAGCCUGGGUGGCCAAGCGGGGCGGCGACGGAUGCGAGGGACAGCUGCCGUGCUACGACCGGGCAAAGCUGCCGUGGCAACGGAGAGAGGAGGCCAUGUGGUGCUCCGUGGUGAGAGGAUUUGGUGCUUGCUGCUUGCGCACCAACAUCUACCAAGCCUCGAUCCGUUCACGGGCGCGUUCUCUCGGAGCAUACAUCGUGGAGGAGGGAGGAGCCCUGCUGGGGAUGGAGAAGAUCUUGGACAUGGAGCCACCCGAUGAUCUUCACCGAAAGCCCUCCUUAGAUGUGGACAUGGAGGCUGCGAUGGCGCUAGAGCUGGCGGAGCUCGGCGGCCACUUUUUCAGCGGCUUCGGCGUCAGCAACGACUGGCGCACAAGGCAGGUGGAACGGACCUGGUGGAUGGCCGGCGCAUUGGCACAGCCAUUGGGUGGAGACCUGACGGCCGGCAGUAGGAUCCUUGUUUUCUACGAGACCGACGUAGUAUGGCAUACCAGAUAUCUUUUGUCCUUGGUGGACCGAAGCUCCUGGGUGAUUCUGACCCCCGACGGGGACAUCUACAUAGAAGAUGUUUCAGACGCCAAUCAAGAUUGGUCAGCAUGGAGGGUUUGGCCAAUAGGAGGUCCCCUUCCCUUUGGUGUCGACCCCAACAUGGUCCACAAGUUCAACCCAGAACCCAAUGCUGCCGCUUUGCAAGUGCUCAUUGCCGAAGGGAAUCAACAUGCUCAACAAGAGCGAGCUCGUCUGGGACUUGGUGCUCCUGUAGGGGGACCAGUCGUUGCAGCCCCUGCAGCUGCCGCCGCGCCCAAUGCUGGAGGAGGAGGUCCUGCUGGUCAAGCACCAGCGCCUGUGGCCGACUUAGCAGGAGGCGUGGUGGAUCCCCCGGGCGAAGACGCCCGCACCUUGGCAAUCAGUCGAGAUGUGGACGGCAACCGAUUCAAGGAGUUCAGAAAUGCAGUCCAGGAUGCCAAGCCCUGCGAAUUCUCCGACUGGCCCAUCGCAGGACCCAGAACCACCAAGUAUGUCAUCAGCCAGAUGUUAGAUCACGGUGGAUCGCCGUUGGGACAUCAUCAGGCAUGGAGGGUGGCAUGCAAGCUUCAACCAUCCGAUGGGCCUGCCCAAGAGCACGAGGCUUGGUCGCGUGUCUUGCAGGCCAUGAUGACCUACGACCAAUUGGAUGUGAGCAACCUUGCCUCGGCGGAGUUGGUGGUCCGGGCACUGCAGAAGAUAGAAGAGCGUCACAAGCACAAGUUGGUCUCGGCCGACGAUGGGGGCGAAGCGGCUCUCUUCAUGGGAAGUUCUGGAGGUUCAAGGGCUGGCUGCAUCAUUUCUCCCAAGCUCACCGAAUGGGUGGGCUCGGAACUUCAGAAAGAAGCUCUGGUGGCCAAAGAGAGGAGGAAAGCUCGAGAAGAACGGGCCUUGUCGAGAAAGAAUGCCGACAAAGAGGACAAGGGCGGCAAGCUGGCGAACCAAGGGAUCAAAGCACUCAACGAACUUUCUGGGUGCGUCAAUUCAGAUUUUUCAAAAAAGAAACCCACCCGCGCGCAGAAGCGGGUUUUAUCCAACAUAGCUGAAGCAUAUCGGGAAGCCUCUUGUGCGGUUGAUAUCGACCCGGGAGCAUCUUGUUUGGCUGAUCUAUGCAGUGCGUCCAAGAUCUAUCAGACUGAUCGGAGUGACGUUGUGUCCUAUGCCAAGGACUCCGUGUCCUGGCCUGAGGUUGAGACCUUUCCUGUUGACCUACGGGACUGUCUUCCUCCGGCUGACCGUGAAUGGCUAGCGACUUGGCAACAGCAUAUGCUCUUGUCGACCUCUGGGAAGGACCUGGGUUCAAAGAUCAAACAACCCUACACGGAUCCCAUUUUCAAACACAAUCCCAAACAGUAUCUUGGUUUUUUGAAGGAGUUGAAAAACAGAAACAUGUUGAGAUUCAAACAGCAUGAUGGUUCUCCUGCUGACCUUGGCGUGUUUUUCGUGCGGAAGAAGAACAACAAACAACGCCUUAUCUUCGACACCCGUAUCCUCAACGAGAAAUUCAUUGACCCCCCGAAGACCGACUUGCCUUCAGCUGAUGCUUUCACUCGGAUGGACAUUGAUGGUAUUGGCCCAUUUUUUAUUGGUUCUGGUGAUUUAGCAAAUGCAUUCUAUACCCUUGCAGUCCCCGACAGCUUGGCUCGGAUGUUCACGCUGCCCGGCAUUAAGGCCGAGAACCUUGGAAUCUAUGAGGUUGAUGGCAACGCAGUGAGGCGUGACGAGUUUAUCACACCAUACCUCACAGUGCUGCCAAUGGGGUGGAGUUGGGCCUUGCAUUUGUGUCAACAAGUCAUGAACCAUGCAAUUAUCACUUCUGGCAUUGAUCACCUUCAAAUCAUCAGCGAUAAGGGUAAGCCUGUUCAUCUUGCUCAUGGUUGUGAUGUUGGUUGUGCUGGUUAUGUGGACAAUUUCGCGGUGAUUGGCACUUGCGAAGACACAGUCAAUGCAGGCCUGCGGAAGAUUGGUGAGAGACUGCGCGGCUUUGGUCUCACCGUUCAUGAGGAGUGUGAGGCUGCACAUGAGGGUGAAUUUGUUGGUCUUUCAUUCAAUGGGGUCAAGGGCAAGGUCAGCAUCAAACCUAGUCGAAUUGUGAAACUUCAACGGAGUAUUGAUGAGCUCCUGUGCAGAAAUUUUGCUAGCGGUGAACUUUUGCAGCUUGUCAUUGGGCACAUAACUUGGGCAGUCAUGGCCAGACGGGAGGACGCAGUUGAUGCCCGCAAGCACGCGGGAAAGAUAGUCGGGGCUGAGUUGGAAGCUGGGUCAAUGUCCGAUGGAUCCCAUCAGAAUGGAACUGUGCUGAUCGACCGUCCAGGGCGCUCACCCAGUGGGCUAGCAGAGGUCUUGAUAGCUGGUUUCAGAGCGAUGGGUCGCGGAAGCAAAAAGGAGGUGAAUCAGGUGAAGGCCGAGAGAAAUUUGAAAAGGCGUCAGCAAGUGGCACAGUCAACAAUAGUUCCAGUGGGAAUGACUUACCUGGAGAGCCGAAGUGUCCGGCAACCGACAAUAGCAGAUUACACCCGGCGGUAUCAAGAAUUUCAGACUUGGUGCCUCCACCUGGAUUUGAUCCCAUUGACGGCUCAGGAGAUGGACGCCACGUUGGUCGACUUUCUGCAGACCCUCUUCGACGAGGACCGCGGGAUCAACGAUGGGAUCCGGGUGGUGGCAGCCAUGAAGUUCUUUCGCCCCGAGUUCAAGAAUGUUCCAAGGGUGGCCAGAGCUUUGAAGGGAUGGCAGAUUGCUGCCCCCCCUCUCCAAAGAAUGCCAAUCCCACUGGAAGUGCUAUGUGCCAUCAUUGGCGCCAUGAUCAGCAUGAAUCAGAAAGAGAUGGGCUUCCGUCUUUUCUUUCAAUUCAUCACUUACCUGAGGCCAGGCGAGUGCAGUUCCCUGAAAGUGAAACAGGUGGUCCCUCCAGUUCUGGUCACCAAUCAGGCCUUCAGAUUUUGGGCCGUGUUGUUGCACCCAACGGAAGAUCUGGUCGCAGGAAAGACAGGGGUGUUCGAUGCUUCGAUCAUCCUCGACAGCGACCCUUGGAUCACAACACUACUGGGGCAAUUGCGAGAGGGGAAACAGCCCGAGAUGAAGCUUUGGACUCACAGCCAUGCAGAACUCAGACGGAUCUUCAACCAGUGCAUCGGCCAGCUCGGGAUUCAAAGCCUGGGUCUUUCGCUGUACUCUCUGCGGCACGGGGGGGCGUCACACGAUGUCCUGUCACGCCGAAGAUCCCUUCUGGAGGUGAAGCAGCGCGGCCGUUGGUCCAGCGAUGCCUCGUUGAAGAGGUAUGUGAAGGAGGCUCGUUUGCAAAGCGAGCUGAACAAAGUCCCCAAGCAUGUGAAAGAGGCCAUUGUGGGUCUGCCAUUGACGCGCAGCACCAGUGGGUCACUGGUGGCGCCACCGCGGGUUGUGUCGACACCGCCACAGUUGGAGGAGGAGGAGGAGGAGGUGGAGCCUGUCAAGGAGGCCGUGGACAGCUUCCUGCGCGAAGGCUUCCGCGCCGAGCGCCGCUCCUCCCUGGAGCGCCGUUCGUCCGCGGACGGCAGCAGCGCCGGCGCCGACAAGGGGAAAAAAUGGUUGCCUGGAGAAAAGAUUUUGAUGAGCGGCUGGCUCACCAAACGUGCAAAGUUGCGACCCUUCCAAGAUUCCUGGCAGGAGCGAUGGUGUGAGCUAAGCCAACUACCAAAAGGUCAUGGUCUCCUUCGCUAUUCAGCCCCCAGCGGCGGCUUUACCAGUGGCGAACGGCCGGGCGAGGUGCAACUGAAGGGCGAGAUCCAAUUGGCUCCCCACAGCGGUGCCCAUGUCACCUCCUUCGAGGAUGAGCUUGGUCGACUGCGUGGUGCCACGCGGCAGGCCUCCUACUUCGACUGGUCGCGGCAUGCCUGGCGUAUCAUGGAGGAGUUCCAACAUGGCUUCGCGCUGCAGACGGGGCCAGAGGCGCCCCACGCGGGCCGCGUCUUCUUCUUUGCCACGGAGCGCGACAGCGAGACGCGGCGCUGGGUCGCGGCCAUCCGCGGCGUGCUGGCGGAGACAGCCGAGAAGCCGCAGACCUUGGAGGAAUUCCUAGGAGAAGGCUUCACACCUUCCGCGGUUUCGCCGGGUUCGACAUGUUUGGAUGAGAAGGACAUUUCCGAGGGGGCAACCGAAGACAUUAGUGAAGAUGAAAGCAGCUGUAGCUUUGUAUCUGUGGAGGAGGAACUUGGGCCGGAGAGACCGAGGGAUCCCCCGCAGGAUCUCGGUGCCACCAGCGUGGAGGCGCUGGAAGCGAUGUUGAGCCGCGUGAAGCAGUUUCAAUCCAUGAAAGUCAACAUGGCCUCGUUGAGGGUUCGCAUUGGUUUCGACUCCAUUGCCAACCCAUUGAAAGGAAUUCUUGAUGAGAAGAUUCCGAAGCACAUGGCUCUGCAUGCUUCCUUGGGAAAUCUGCAACUGACGAUCGCCAGCCAAAGUCAGCGCCGUGGAGCCUCCGUUGCCCCUCUGGCCAAGCUCAUGGGAACGGUACCCGAUUCCCUGGUGGAGGAAUUGCUGCAGAGAAGAGCCAGCUGGUCCACUCUGUCCACUGCAGAGAUGACGGUGGGCGAGGUGAACAUCAAACGUCCUGAUUUGAAUCGCUGCAUAGCUCUGGGGCAGCGUCCACACACCAGCCGCGUGACAUGCGCGAUGGGCUUUGGGACAGGUUUGUUCUGUCUGGUGGCUUCAAAUAUCGCUGAUUUUCCGGCCAAAUUCCCAUAUUUGCUUCUUCCAUACUGUAAAUUAAAAUCGCAUGUUUUGUUUGUUCAAACGCCAUAA